AUGGCUAUUAAACUAAAGAAGGUGUUUCUUACUCUAGUUUUUCUAUCGCAAGUAGGGGCUGCCCUUGUCACAUCUGUAGUUGCUUUGGCGGUAUUUUGGUGGCUCACAUCGAGGAUGCAGAACAAGGCGUUGUUACAAAAUAAUGAAGAUUCUGUUAUUUCAGGAGUAGUAGAUACAGCUUGUGUAACAUUUGACAUUGCAAUAGUCUGUAUGGGCAGGGGCAACGGUCUAAUAAUACCUAUGCUGAAGUCUUUACUGCAUCACCGUCAAAACCCGUUACACUUCCAUAUCGUAGUAAACAGUAAGACGCAACGUGGUAUUCGUAAAAUUUUUGAAAGAUGGGACGUGCCCGAUGUGAAAUACACAUGCUACAAUGCGGAGGAUAGGGUCUCUGAAAUUGACUGGGUACCCAACACCCACUAUUCAGGCGUAUUUGGCUUAAUAAAACUCCUGUUCCCAGAUAUCUUGCCCAUUUCCCUGAAAAAGGUCAUUGUGCUAGACUCUGAUCUGAUCUUUCUAUGUGAUGUAGCAGAACUAUGGAAUAUGUUUAAUAAUAUUACUGAUGACAAGUUGAUUGGUUUAGUAGAGAAUGAAAGCAACUGGUAUAACGGUAGUGACGCACGCUGGCCAGCGGUAGGCAGAGGUUACAACAUGGGUGUAAUUCUACUAGACUUGGACAAAAUACGCCGAAACAUCGAUUGGACCCGCCUCUGGUAUGACGCAGUUAUCGAUAACAUCGACAAGCUGAAAGAGACAAAACUUGGCGAGCAGGAUAUCAUCAAUGCAGUUAUAAAGAGCUAUCCGAAUUUAGUGUAUAACAUAAGUUGCUUGUACAACAUUCAAUUGUCUGUGGGCUCGAUGGCGAAGCAGUGUUAUGGAGAUGAUAUAAAAAACGUGAAGAUAAUUCACUGGAACUCACCUCAGAAGCACAAUAUACAGAUAAAUGACUCUCAUUUCUUUGAAAACAAGUUUCUGUCAUACGCAAACCUUGAUUUUAAUCUGCUCAAAGUAAAACACAAGUGCCUUAGCAUAGCCAAAAAUAAUUUAAAAUAA